CGCCGUAGCUCGAAAGGAAAGGCAGUCGGGUGGCCGUGCCCUCUGGCUGCGCCACCUGCAGUCCCUCACCCAGCAGCCCGGACUCGAUGGAGCUGCAGGUGAGACGCCAGGGUGGGUUGGCGGAGAGCAGUGACGUGCGCCUGACCGCCCUCGCCAAGCCGCAGGUUCAAAGAGAAGACGGCGUCUGGCUGCACCAAGCGCUGAGUUUCUCACCCCAUUGAGCUCAGAAAGUUCAAGAAAGAAGCCUGGGAUUCAUGGGGAGAUCAGGACAGAAGACUUUCCCAUUCUAUCACAACUGAGGCGGUAGAGUCAGCCGUUUGGGAAGUCUGCUUUCAGAAAGAUUUAAGAAUUCAUUUCCACAUACGGCCAUCUGGUUCUUUGAAGCAGUACCCCAUCAUGUGCCAUGCUGGUAUUGUCACAGGACACAGAGAAGUCAAUGUUAGCAUAUAGCCAGCCAACAGGAAGUCAUAAACCAUAUUUGAGGAGUACGUCCAUCCAGUGCUAUUUGUGUUUACUUCUGAACAGUCAUUUCUUAACUGAGGCUGGCAUUCAUGUCUUCAUUUGGAGCUGUAUCAGUGCAAGCCUUCCAAAAACAGAGGCAAACUGGCAGGAUGUAAUAAGUGAUUUGAAAAAAUUUGAAAAUCUUAUUCAAUCUAUACAUAUUGAUGCCACUUUAUAUACUGAAAGUGAUGCUCAUCCCAAUUGCAAAGUCACAGCGAUGAAGUGCUUUCUCCUGGAGUUACAUGUUAUUUGGCAGGAGUCGAAUAAUAUGGACAUUAGAGAGGUGAUAGAAAACCUUAUCAUCCUAACAAACUCCAGUUUAUCAUCUAAUGGGACUAUAACUGAAUCUGGAUGCAAAGAAUGUGAGGAAUUGGAGGAAAAAAAUGUUAAGGAAUUUUUGCGAAGUUUUGUAAAUAUUGUACAAAUGUUCAUCGGCACUUCUUGAUUGCAGUGAUCCUCUUCAGCAUUUCUGUUAUUUACAAACACUUUCCCAUUCCUCAAAGGCACCGAAACACUUUGCAUUUCCAGUGUGCUGCCAAAGAAGUUUUUCUAGCAAGAAGAUGAUCAGGACCUUGCGUCGGAUGAACUCUUAGAAAUGAAGGCAGAAAAAUGGCAUUGAGUAACAUGAUGUAUACGAACAUUUAUUUUUAAUUUAUUAUUGAGAUUGUACAUAUUUGUAACAUAAUAUAAAUUUUUGAAUAAAAUUAUGUACAUAUUUUAUCCUUUGAAACUGCACUGAUGUUUUACUUCUUAUAAGAAAAUAAGGGACAUUUGUUAAGGUUGAUAGUCAAAUUAUUUAACAACUGCUGGGUCUGUGACCACUGACUACCCACCUUCAUUUACUUCUCAGCGAGGUGUGGCACCCAGAGGGAGAACUGACUGACUGUCAACAAGAUAGGAGAAACUAGGUGUUAAAUCAGGGAUUUCCUCUGUAAUUUGGUUAUUGACAUAUAAAGAACUGUUAAGUAAGAAAGAAAUUACAACUUCCUGGCAUGUAUGUAA